AUGGAGUUCGCUCGUACCUCCAUGAUCCAUGCGGCUGCUCCCCAUUUUCUGUGGCUGUUUGCGGUCCGGUACGCUGCGCAUCAGCUCAACAUCUGGCCCCGUGUCUCCUUGCCGGAGACCUCGCCCACACUGCGUUGGGCGAGGAAGGUUGGCGAUUCGUCGGUGUUCCGGGUCUGGGGUUCUCGUGCCUUUGUUCGCGAUACAUCCGCGGACAAGCUCUCCGCCCGUGCUAUCCCCUGCGUCUUCCUUGGCUUUGUCCCUGACGCGCCUGGCUGGCAGUUUUACCACCCCACCUCGCGCCGUGUCUUCCCCUCUCAGGACGUCACGUUUGAUGAGUCGGUUCCCUUCUACCGUCGCUUCCCCUACCGCUCUGCCCCUCCCCCGCCCCCGCCGCUCUUCCUUGCUCCCGGUCCUCCUCCGGUAGACCCCCGCCCGCCCCAGGGCCCUGCUCCCUCGGGUGUGUCUCAGGUAGACCCUCUCCCUGGUACUGCGCCUGUUCAGGUAGCUGUCGGCUCAGGUGCUGCUCCAGGUGCUGCGUCUCGGGGUGCUGUGUCUGGGGGUGCAGAGCCAGGGGGUGCGGAGUCCGAGGGUGCUGGUUCUAGGGGUGCUGGACCUGGGGGUGAGGAGCCUGGGGGUGCUGAACGUGCGGGUGUGGAGAGUGGGGGUGUUGAGCCUGGGGAGGUCCUGCUGGUGCUUCGUCGCGACUAUCUCCGCAGCAGCUGCGUGAGUGGUUUGUUCGGCGCGCACGCCUUCCGAGUGGAGCUACCGGAGCUGGAGGCGCUGAAGACGCUAGAGCUGGAGGUGCUGGGGUUACUGCCUGAGCUGGUGGUAGUGGCGGUACUGCGGCUACUGGUCCUCGAGGUGCUCGUACCAGAGGUGCUGGAACUGCCGGGACUGGUGGUGUUGGGGACGCUUGAGCUGGAGACCCUACGAAGCCUGGAGCUGCUGGAGCUGGAGGCAUUGGCACUGGAGGCGCUGGAGCUGUAG